AGUGUGUUGGGUACACGUCAUAUCACAUUUAACGCUUAGAGAGAAUGCAACUCUACAGCAUAAACAUAAUAGGCCUACUGUUUGGGCCGAUUUUGUGGCUUUUAGUGUUUAGCAGCGUGAAAUGUACUAGUAGCACAAGCGAUAUUGUUGAGCGCAAAGGUGAGCGCGGAUACGCUGGACCACUAGAUCAAGUAUCAGAUGAUAUUCCUGGCUUAUCUGGGUGUGGCGGCAUUGGGGAUACAGCUGGUGCUAGGUGUGUGAAGGGCGAGCCAGGUUUACAUGGCGCACCUGGCUUACCUGGCAUCGUUGGCGCAAAGGGAGAGCCAGGUAGGCCUACGAAAGGUGACAAAGGAGAACCAGGAAGAGAAGGAAUUCCAGGUGUUGAUGGCUUUCCCGGCAUACCUGGACGUAAAGGCACCGUCGGCGCAAAGGGAGAGCCAGGUACAAAAGGUGACAAAGGAGAACCAAGUUCAGAAGGAAGGCCAGGUCUACAAGGCUUCCCUGACCUUCCUGAAAUUCCUCCACCUACCAGUUAUUUAUUGGUGUACCACAGUCAAAGUCCCGAUGUUCCUCUCUGUGAUGUUGGCCAGACAAAACUUUGGGAAGGUUACAGUUUGUUGUAUAUUGAAGCCAACGAGAAAUCACACCAUCAAGAUUUAGGUAACGCUGGAUCCUGUUUGCAGAGAUUCAGCACAGUGCCAUUUGUAUCAUGCACUAUAAAAGGUGUUUGCUAUCGUGCAUCAAGGAAUCAUCGGUCCUACUGGUUGUCAACAAAUAAAACAAUACCAAUGAAACCAGUAGCUGCAACAGAGAUCCUGCCUUACAUCAGUCGAUGUGUUGUGUGUAGUGCUACAACUAAUGUUAUUGCUAUUCACAGUCAGACAUCGGCAAUACCUGAUUGUCCUAGCGGAUGGUCAAACCUUUGGAAUGGUUACUCAUUUGCCAUGAACACCGCAGUAGGUUCAAGUGCAAGUGGGCAAUCCUUUUCAAGCUCUGGAAGUUGUUUGAAAGAGUUCCAUACGACUUCAUUCAUUGAGUGUAACGGUGCUCGAGGUACUUGCCAUUAUUUUCCCAACAAACGCAGUUACUGGCUUUCUACUGUACACGCCAGCGAGCAAUUUCAAAAGCCAGCCUUCCAGACCUCGAAAGCAGGCAGCUUGCAGGAACUCGUUAGUCGAUGCACCGUUUGUUCAUUGAAAACUAAAUAGACCGGGAAUGAUGUCCCCUAAACUUUCUCGAAUAUUCAAAUAUAAAAGAACAGGGGAUAGUAACUCAGAAUAUAGACAUGAUUUUCAAUCCAUUUUAAAUACUUAAACUUAAAAAUAAAUCAUAAAAAAGUUUUAGUAACAAGCUUUUAUGUAAUAAUGCACUAAAAAGUAGAAAAUAAAUUAUACACUACUAUUUAAAUAACUAUAAAGAAAAGCGUGGGUCUCUUUAGUAUCUAUUGGAUAACUUUACUA